AUGAUAUAUACGUUCUUGAGAAAGGAGAGAAUUAUUCACAAUGUUACCUUCGUCGUAUUGUAUACAACAUGCACUCAUGCAUAUCACAACUUAGCAUUAAGGAAACCUGCAUGGCAGGCAAAUAACUAUACACACACCAUACCAUGGGGAGCAGACAAGGCGGUGGAUGGGUUGUAUUCUGACCGUGGAGCACUAGGAAAUCAGUGUACAAUAUCAGCAGACAAACAACAGACAGCAGAGUGGAGAGUGGAUCUACAGAGUGUAGUCAGCAUCAGUUACAUCAACAUCUUCUACAGGACAGAUAAUAAUCCUGGUUCUUACGUUGGUCGAUUUGCUGGAUUUUACGUCUAUGUCUCCAACACGACUUCUAAAGAGGAUGGAAUACUCUGUUUCCAUGAAUUACAGAAUAUAAGCGGUACACCUCUAGAAGAUCAGAGGAUCAACUGCUCCGUAUAUGGACGAUAUGUUAUAUACUACAAUGAACGUCGCAGACCAGAUGUCGUUUAUCCUAUUUACUACUCUCAGUUUGCACUUAACGAACUUUGUGAAGUAGAGGUUUAUGGCUGUCUAAUCCCGAGAUAUUAUGGAGACUUUUGUAACAAGACAUGUCCAGUGACGUGUCAGGGACAGCAGUGUGACGCCGUUACUGGUGACUGUGUGAAAGGUUGUUUAUCAGGGUAUCAAGGUCAACACUGUAGUUAUUUAAAUUUAGCCUUGGGGAGACCUGCCUGGCAGAAACACGAUUGGCCAGGUAAACCAGUAGCAUGGGGAGCAUCGAAAGCAGUUGACGGGAAAUAUUCUGACAGUGGAGCUACUGGCGGACAGUGUACAAUAUCAGGCGAUAAUCAGCGAACAGCAGAGUGGAGAGUAGAUCUAGAGAAAAUCGUCAGCAUUAGUCACAUCCACAUCUAUUAUAGGACUGAUAAUUUUCCAAGCCCUGGUGUAUACUACAAAAGAUUUGCUGGAUUUUUUGUUUACGUUUCAAACGAUACAAAUAAAGACAAUGGACGCCUUUGUUUUCAUGAAUUACAACAAGUGGACGGAACACCAACAGAGAACCAGACAAUCAGCUGUCCUUAUGACGGGCGUUACGUCAUAUACUACAACGAACGAAAGCCGGAUGUGACGUAUCCAAGCUACUACUCUCCAUAUGCUUACAGUGAAUUGUGUGAAUUGGAGGUUUACGGGUGCCCUGAAUCUAAGUACUACGGCCAGUAUUGUGACCAAUUAUGUCCAGAAAACUGCCUCGAGCAAAGGUGUAAUAUCUCUACAGGAUACUGUAUUGAGUGUAAACCGGGUUAUAAAGGACAUCGAUGUAGUGAGCAAUGUGACGGUAGAAUGUACGGACCUGCCUGCAGUCAGAGUUGUGGAUAUUGUCUACAUAAUACACAAUGUCAUCACAUCAACGGUACCUGUUUAGGAGGUUGUUCUGCGGGAUACGAAGGACCUUUAUGUCAAAAACAAUGUGACGGUGGAAGGUUUGGCCUGGAAUGUAAUACCACCUGUGGACAUUGUCUUAAUGGUGCUUAUUGUAACCGCAUUGACGGAUCAUGUACAGAUGGGUGUUCUCCUGGAUAUAAGGCUCCCCUUUGUAUCAACAAAUGUGACGGCGAAAAGUUUGGCUUAAAAUGCAAUGAAACCUGUGGACAUUGUCUUGAUGGCGUGCCCUGUCACCACAUCAAUGGAUCAUGUCUAGGAGGGUGUUCUCCUGGAUACAAUGGAUCCUUCUGUAUCGACAAGUGUGAUGGAGGAUGGUAUGGAUCAUCCUGCAGUGAGGAAUGUGAUCAUUGUUUUAAUGAUACUGCGUGUCAUCAUAUCAACGGUUCUUGUAGCAGAGGUUGCUCUGCUGGAUUUAAGGCACCCCUCUGUAUAGACAAAUGUGACGGCAGGAUGUAUGGAGGUAACUGUUCUCAGACCUGUGGUCACUGCUUUAACAAUGAACAGUGUCACCAUAUCAACGGUACCUGUUUACAGGGAUGUUCUCCUGGAUACAAGGGACCGGGCUGCAAAACCAAAUGUGAUGGUGGAAUGUAUGGUAUUAACUGCAAUCAAGUCUGUGGUCACUGCCUAAAUUAUGAACAGUGUCAUCAUAUCAACGGUACUUGUUCAAAAGGAUGUUCUAAAGGAUACAAAGGAUAUCUCUGCAACUCUGCGUGUGAUGGAAGUAUGUAUGGAAAUCACUGUAACCAAAGCUGUGGACAUUGUAUUAACAAUAUUCAGUGUAACCACGUCAAUGGUUUAUGUUAUGAAGGAUGCUCAGUGGGAUUCAAAAGAUUACUUUGCGACAAAGCGUGUGAUGGUGGAAUGUAUGGAAUUAAUUGCAAUCAAAUCUGUGGUCACUGUGUGAAUGACGAACAGUGCCAUCAUGUUAAAGGUACUUGUCAACAAGGAUGUUCCAGAGGAUACAAGGGGCCCCUCUGCAAAGCUGAGUGUGAAGGUGGAGAGUAUGGUUAUAACUGCAAUGAAAGCUGUGGACAUUGUAUGAACAAUACCACGUGUAACCAUGUCAACGGUUCAUGUUCAGAAGGGUGUGCUGUAGGAUACGAAGGACUUCUUUGUACGAAUGUUUGUAGACGAUCGUACUGGGGAGUCAAUUGUAAAGAGAACUGUAGUACAGAGUGUGUCAGCCAAACUUGGUGUGCUGUAGGAUACGACGGGGUUCUUUGUACAAAUGUUUGCAGUCGAUCGUACUGGGGAGUCAAUUGUAAAGAGACCUGUAGUACGGAAUGUGUCAGCCAGACCUGUCAUCACGAGUCAGGACAUUGUCUAUCGUACGCGCAGACACAGUCUAGCGACACAUGUAAGAAUGACUAUACCAUUACCAUAACAAGUGUGGUUGUCUGUAUUUCAAUUGUUUUGAUGAGCAGUCUCCUAAAUUUUGUUAUCUGGAGGAAAAUGCACAAGAAAAGGACAGGUGUAGACACCCCAAAUGACAAAGACUAUUACAACGAAUUCCCAUCUGUUGAUAUACGAGAUAAACAGAGUGGGCAAGAAAUGAAUAUUUCUCCUUAUGCAGAACUUAGUGAACUUGACCAUCCAAACACUUAUGAAGAACUUCAUCAAAAUGCAAAAGCAGGCGAAGAAAUAUAAUAGACGCAUUGCUGAUGUUAACAUUUUAAUGUAAAACUCAAUUUUCUUUUUAGCUUUA